AUGUCGGGUCCAAACAUAAGUGCAUUACGUGGACUCCCAAACAUUAGGCCCAUAUACAGAAAAGAGCCUCAACGUUGUUGGGCGGAUCAGGCCUAUUAUAAAUCCGAGCCCAUGAUCAUGUCCCUGGUGGCAAACGAGGAUUUCCAGCACAUACUUCGUGUUUUAAACACGAACGUAGAUGGGAAGCAGAAGAUAAUGUUCGCCCUUACCUCAAUCAAAGGUAUAGGAAGGCGAUUUGCUAACAUGGUGUGCAAGAAGGCUGAUGUUGACAUGAACAAAAGAGCUGGCGAGCUGAGUGCCGCUGAGUUGGAUAACCUCAUGACUGUGGUUGCCAACCCCCGUCAAUUCAAGAUUCCAGACUGGUUUUUGAACAGGAAGAAGGACUACAAGGAUGGGAAGUAUUCUCAGGUGGUGUCCAAUGCAUUGGAUAUGAAGUUGAGGGACGACUUGGAGAGACUCAAGAAAAUUAGGAACCAUCGGGGCUUGAGACACUACUGGGGUCUUCGGGUACGUGGCCAGCAUACCAAGACCACUGGUCGUAGGGGUAAAACUGUUGGUGUAUCUAAGAAGCGUUGA